AACACUUCGCUAAGCAGAGAUCAAGCGUCAGAGCGGAAAGUGUUGCGAUCGUCGUGUGAAAAUGUGUGCAAGGACAGCAGAGUACGAGGAGGAACUUUGUGGCCCAAAAGAGGAGAAGGAGCCACAACGUCAACUACUGGACGCUGCGUUCAAUCUGCAGCCUCGAAUUGUGCUACACAGAGCAGACGUCAGUGAAAAUCUUCAUCCAGAGUGGCAGCAGUCAGUGUCCCCUCACAUCAAAGAGGAAGAGGAGGAUGAAGAGGUUCAACACAUCAAAGAGGAGGAGGAAGAGUUCCUUCACAUGAAAGACGAAGAGCCGGAGGUAAUCAUCAAGGUUCCAUCGACUGGUGUCCAUUUGAAGAGUGAAGAUGAAGAUCGAAGUGAGGAAAGACGAGGGGCGGAGCCACCAAACAGCAACAGCGCAAGUGAUGGAGACCACUGUGGAGGAUCACAAACAGAUGGUGAUGAUGAUGAUGAUAAUGUUGAUGAACAGUUGGAAGGUGAUAUGACAUGUCACACAACCAGUAAAUGCUGGAAAUGUUCUAAAUGUAGGAAAACCUUUGCUUCUAACAACAAUUUCAAACAACACAUGAAAAUACACACUGGAGAGAAACAUUUUGCCUGCUCAAUUUGUGGUCAAACUUUCUCUCAGAAGGGAACCUUAAAAAUACACACAAGAACCCACACUGGUGAGAAGCCUUUUGCCUGCUCAGUUUGUGGUCAAACCUUUUCUCAGAACGGAACCUUAAAAAUACACACAAGAACCCACACUGGAGAGAAGCCCUUUGCCUGCUCAGUUUGUGGUCAAAGGUUCUCUGUGAAGAGUUACUUAAAAAUACACAAAAGAACCCACUCUGGUGAGAAACCUUUUGCAUGCUCAGUUUGUGGGCAAAGGUUCUCUCGAAAGGGACAUUUGACAAGUCAUACAAGAACACACACUGGAGAAAAGCCUUUUGGAUGCUCAGUUUGUGGUCAAAGAUUCUCCCAAAUGGGAAGCUUAAAAAUACACACAGGAACCCACACUGGUGAGAAACCUUUUGGAUGCUCAGUUUGUGGGCAAAAGUUCACUCAAAGGGGCCAUUUGACAAGACACAAAAGAACCCACUCUGGUGAGAAACCUUUUGCAUGCUCAGUUUGUGGGCAAAGGUUCUCUCGAAAGGGACAUUUGACAAGUCACACAAGAACACACACUGGUGAGAAACCUUUUUCCUGCUCAGGUUGUGGUCAAAGGUUCUCUCGUCAGGCUCGGGUUAAGACACACAAGUGUCCUCGUGAGACAAGCAGUGAUCAAGAAGCUUUUCAUGCAAAUGUAAAUGUUUAAUAUAAAAGUAAUUACUAUGCGACUGACAGAAAUCUACAUGCUUGUAUUCUGUGUACCAGCUUUUAUUGUAUGUAUCUUCUUCUUGUCCAUAUAGUUUCUAAAAGCCCCGUGAGUGUUGAGAAUGAACACUGUUGCCAAAAUACUUAAAAGGGACUAGUGGUGGGACUGAUCCACAGGGCGGCUGUGGAUCAGUUGAGCGGGUCGUCCAGUGACCGAAGGCUCGCCGGUUCGAACCCCGGCUCCGACUGUCCGUAUGUGGAAGUGUCCUUGGGCAAGACACCGAACCCUAAUUUGCUCCCAGUGAGCCUGGCAGCGCCUUGCACGGCAGCAGCCGCCCAGUGGUCAUCAGUGGAAUCAUUUACUGAUAAAAUAUUUGAUUUUCAGUCACGUUGGAAAUCUCUGGCACGAGGCCGAUUCAAUACAUACAGUGGGUACUGAAAGUAUUCAGACCCCUUUAAAUGUUUCAGUUAUAUUGCAGCCAUUUGCUAAAAUCAUCGAGAUUCAUUUUUUCUCCUCCUUAAUGUACACACAGCACCCCAUAUUGACAGAAAAAUUAGUUAUUUACCAAUUGCUCCAAAAUGUAUUGAUAUUAUUGGAAAUGAGUGCCAGUUUCAUUUUCUUGAGCAUGCAUGCAUUUUGUCCAAUGUUUUAGUAAAGUCAAUAUCAAAUCAGUGAACGAUUGAUUGAAAUAGACUGUUUAAAAAAAUGACUUUUGGUGUUAAACUGUAGCGUGUAUAUG